AUGGACGGAGCCGAAACUGGGACGGUCCGAAGCGACUCACAGCCGCUCGGGGUGAAGAUCCGAUUGCAAUACGACAAAUUUAGCGACGCUGCCUCUUCGUACGGGAGAUCAAUUUCCGCAUUUCUCCUGGUCAAGGGUUGGAACGCGCGAUACGUUUUCAUGCUCAUCGGCUUGGCGAUGCUUAGCAGGGCAUUCGUUGCUGCAAUCAUGGCUGCUCGAACUGGUAGCAUUGAAAAUGCGCUAACGGCUGGAAUCUAUGCUUGUGGACUUGGUGGAUUAGACGGACAUGGCGAGCUGCAUGGCUCUCGAGGUUGCUUUGAUGCACUAUUCGGGGGUGAGGCAAGGGCUAUCAGUGGCCGCAACAUGAUGGUACAGCACAGUACCUCCAAUAACGGCACUGUAGCUCGAGUGUCGAGACCUUUGCCAUUGCCACGUUUAGUGCUCUGA